AUGAGGACUUUUUACCCAUCUGAUUCUUGUAGUAAAGAAUCACAUCUCGAUUCCUUGAAUCCACAGUCAUGGCUUCAAGUUGAGAGAGGGAAGUUAUCUUCCUCUGCUUCUUCAUCUGCUCCACUGUGCAGAGAAUCAUUCAUCAAAGUUCCUGAGCCACAGAUACUGCCGCAUUAUAAACCUCUUGACUAUGUAGAAGUUCUCUCUCAGAUUCAUGAAGAGCUCGAGUCCUGCUCUUUACAGGAGAGAUCGAGUCUCUAUCUGUUGCAGUAUCAAGUCUUUAGAGGUCUUGGAGAGACCAAACUUAGACAGAGAAGCCUUAGAUCAGCUUGGCAAGAAGCUACAACUGUACAUGAGAAAGUUGUGUUUGGGUCUUGGUUAAGGUAUGAGAAACAAGGAGAGGAAGUAAUCGCCGAGUUGCUUUCUUCUUGUGGUAAGUAUUCUGAAGAGUUUGUGCCGCUGGAUAUUGGAUCUUAUCUCCCAGUUAUGCCCCCUGAUGCAGCAUCUGUGAAGGUGAAGCGCUGUAUUUCGAGAAAUGUUGUGUUUAAGAUAGGAGAAGAGAGAGUAGCUUGUGACAGAAAGAGAUUCGCUACCCUUUCAGCUCCAUUUCACGCCAUGCUCUAUGGGAGUUUCACAGAAGCUCUUCUUGAUGAGAUAGACAUGUCAGAGAAUCAUGUAUCCCCCUCAGCUAUGCGUGUUGUAAGAGACUUCAGCGUUACUGAUGUUCUAAUUGGAGUUUCCAAGAAUCUGUUACUCGAAGUUUUGGUUUUUGCAAACAAGUUUUGCUGCGAGAGACUUAAAGAUGCUUGCGACAGAGAAUUAGCUUCUCUAGUCUCCUCCAUGGAAUGUGCCAUUGAGCUAAUAGACUUUGCAUUAGAAGAGAGCUCACCGAUCUUAGCUGCUUCGUGUCUGCAGGUUUUCCUUUACGAGUUGCCUGAUAGUCUAACAGAUGAGCGUGUUGUGGAGGCUUUGACUCGUGUUAACAGGUCUCAAGUCUCAACCAUGGCAGGGAGAGCUUCAUUCUCCUUAUACUCUUGCUUAACCGAAGUUUCAAUGCGUUUAGAUCCUCGUUCCGACAGAACUUUGUUGUUCUUGGAGAAAGUAGUUGAGUUUGCAGAGAAUGAUCGGCAGAGAGUAAUUGGGUUUCAUCUGUUAGGGUGUACAAGGCUGCUGAGGAAAGAGUACCGUGACGCAGAAGAAGCAUUUGACACCGCGUUUAAUCUAGGCCAUGUGUAUUCAGCUACAGGUUUAGCAAGAAUAGGUUACAUCAAAGGCCAUAAGCUUUGGGGUUACGAGAAGCUAACCUCUGUUAUCUCCUCUGUUUCGCCUCCUCUCGGAUGGAUGUAUCAAGAAAGGUCUCUAUACUGUGAAGGCGAUAAGAAACUCGAGGAUCUUGAAAAAGCAACGGAACUUGACCCGACUUUGACUUAUCCUUACAUGUAUAGAGCUGUCAAGUUAAUGUCUGAACAAAACGCUGAGGCUGCGCUGGAGGAAAUCAACAGGAUCUUGGGGUUUAAACUCGCGUUGGAAUGCUUGGAGAUCAGGUUCUGUCUUUACCUCGGCAUGGAUGACUAUGAAGCGGCUCUUCGUGAUAUCCAGGCUGCUCUUACUUUGUGUCCGGACUACAGAAUGUUUGAUGGGAAAGUAGCUGCGAGGCAGCUGAGGACGCUGGUCUAUGAGCAUGUCGAGAGCUGGACAACGGCGGAUUGUUGGAUGCAGCUUUAUGAGAAAUGGUCUAAUGUUGAUGAUAUUGGUUCUCUUUCAGUGAUCUAUCAGAUGCUUGUAAAGGUGUUCUCUACUUCAGGCAAUCGUUGCUUCUCCUAA